AUGACCGGUGUCGUGCGGUGUCCGGGCCAACUGUCUCAGUACGAACAAUUCCAAUCUAAUGUAGCCUCCUACCUGUCUCAGUACGAACAAUUCCAAGCUAAUGAAGCCUCCUACCUGUCUCAGUACGAACAAUUCCAAGCUAAUGAAGCCUCCUACCUGUCUCAGUACGAACAAUUCCAAGCUAAUGAAGCCGCCUACCUGUCUCAGUACGAACAAUUCCAAGCUAAUGAAGAAGCCUCCUACCUGUCUCAGUACGAACAAUUCCAAGCUAAUGUAGCCUCCUACCUGUCUCAGUACGAACAAUUCCAAGCUAAUGUAGCCUCCUACCUGUCUCAGUACGAACAAUUCCAAGCUAAUGAAGCCUCCUACCUGUCUCAGUACGAACAAUACCAAGCUAAUGUAGCCUCCUACCUGUCUCAGUACGAACAAUACCAAGCUAAUGAAGCCUCCUACCUGUCUCAGUACGAACAAUUCCAAGCUAAUGUAGCCUCCUACCUGUCUCAGUACGAACAAUUCCAAGCUAAUGAAGCCUCCUACCUGUCUCAGUACGAACAAUACCAAGCUAAUGUAGCCUCCUACCUGUCUCAGUACGAACAAUUCCAAGCUAAUGUAGCCUCCUACCUGUCUCAGUACGAACAAUUCCAAGCUAAUGAAGCCUCCUACCUGUCUCAGUACGAACAAUACCAAGCUAAUGUAGCCUCCUACCUGUCUCAGUACGAACAAUUCCAAGCUAAUGAAGCCUCCUACCUGUCUCAGUACGAACAAAUCUCAGCUAAUGAAGCCUCCUACCUGUCUCAGUACAAACAAUUCCAAGCUAAUGAAGCCUCCUACCUGUCUCAGUACGAACAAUUCCAAGCUAAUGUAGCCUCCUACCUGUCUCAGUACGAACAAUUCCAAGCUAAUUAA